AGGCGUUGCUUCUACCGACUGGCUAAUGUAAGGCCGCAAGGCUGUGCGCCGUCGCCAUCGCGCCGAGUCGUCACAAGCCACCGUCUCUGAUGGGCGGUAUCGCGUCCGCAAAGCGUUGCAGGAGCCUGUUCUGCAACUGAAGCUAGUGCAUAACGAAGUCCUGUUAGGGCUUCUGCCGCACGCCUGGGUGCUGACUUUCAUCGUUAUUGUGUUGUGGCAGCGCCGUGGCAUUCGUGCGACUGCGUGCGACUGAAGUUGGUAGGCGUCACCAGCGUCCCUGAUGGGGCGACUUGCCGACGUCGCUGUGAUGUGAGCAGCAAUUCCUGCACUGUGGACUGAACUGCAAGGACGGCCGAUAUUUUUCGACUUGUUGAAAUCAACCUUGAGUAUCUGGAAGUGUCCCUCUUUGCCGAGCUAUGGCUGGAGAGCGCUGGGACAAAGAUAUCGACGAGGGAGUCGUCAGAAUAGUAGGGCAGCUGCAACUGCGCAAAUAUGGCAAGUUUAUGGAAGAUCUAACCACUGAGUAUAAAACUAUUGAACAAUCGUUAGACGAGGGAAUCACAGAAGCAUGGGACAUAGACUCUGACCUGAUUGCGCUGCAGUGGGUGCCUUACGAGAACACCACUAUCCUGGAGCUUAUUUCUACUGACAACAAGGUCCUUAACAAAGUGAUGACUGUUCUCGCAGCCUUGUGCUCAGAAAUGAAGCAGCUUUGUCAUGAAGCGAAAUCUAGGUUCCACGAUGCACUCCUGUUUUACGGCGAAGGAAGUCUUUCCAGCAACAGCGUGCCUGACGGCGAAGCGCAGGUCGCUGUAGGCAGAAUGAUCGGCCUGAUGCAGGAUCUGUCUUGCCACGUAAGCCGGUGCUACUUAGUUGCAAAAAAUGUCAUUCAGCAAAUGUCCGCGCUCUAUGACAGGAGUAAGGCGUCUUGCGUCAUCGAUGUGACAGAUGUGCACUUUCAGACAGUGUUUGAGCACUUGGGCGCAAUGCUCGCGUCGCUCGUGACCCUUGACGAGGUUGUGCAAGCGCAAGGGGUCCUCCGUGAGCACUGGACGCUCUACAGAAGAAUGCUCAAGUCUGUACAUAACAAUUGUGCAAAGUUUAGUGUUGUACCGGAAGACAUGAAAGCUCUGGACAAAUUGAUGGCAGAUUUAGAGUACAAGCUCUUGCAAGGUCGCAUUUUCAUGGGUUGCGUAGAGCAAGGCUUUGAUGACAACACACUUUGCGUGGCAAAAAAUGGUGCUUUUGCUGAGGAGUUUGCACUCAACAUACGCAAUUGGUUUGGACAAGUUGAUGCCAAGAUUGGUGAAACAAACGAAAUGGAUAAACGCAAGCAGCUUGUUGGAAUAUAUGCGCUGUAUGUUCUUUACUACUACAUUUACAGAAACAUUGACAAGAAAUUUUUCAAAGCUUUGUGGGAUGUUUACAAGAAGGUGCCAGCAGUGCAUAUUUUAGGCAACAUUUUGUGGUUUCCAGACCAGUUCUUGUUGCUACAGAUGCCUCAGGUUAUGCGCUCCUUAGACAAAAAGGCACAAGAUGCUGUGAAAACUCAGCGGCUUGGCUACCUUCAGCAGAAAUCUGCAGUGCUGUCAAGAGAUGUUCAGGCACUCCAUGUGCAGGUUUCUUCUUGGCUUCUUCGCAUGGAGUCAGUUUUCCAAAAGGAUACAGACAAACUGCUUGAGGACUUGAAUCACCGUAGCUCUCUCUUGCUUCAGGGCAUCUAUUUGACAUGGUACAUCUCUCAUCAGGUAAAAACUCUCAUGAACUUGCAUGUAGCAUUGAACAAGCCAAUGACAAAGUCAUCUGUUCUGCAACUAUGCAAGAUGAUUGAGAUGACAAAAGCCAUUCAAGGCAUGUUCCAUCAGCAAACACUGAAAAUAUGCGAUUCUGUCACUCACAUUGUGCAGCACUUGACCUAUGUUGCCCUGUUUGCUGUAAGUAAUGCUAAGAAAAGGCUCAUUUCUGACAAGAAGUACAGUGAACGCAGACUAGAUGUUCUCUCAGCACUUGUGCUUGUUGAGAAGUGCCUGAGUGGCCCAGCUACAAAGGAAAGACGACUAAUCAUCCACCUCGCCAUUGCUGUUGGAGUGCAGAUGAAAUGUUUCAAGGAUGAAGAAAUUGCCUCCUUUUAUUCUGUGAUGCGAAAGCUCGAUUUGAUUGGUGAGCUACAUGAAAAACUUCAAGAAGGGGCAGAUGGGAGCUUUUUGUACUGGCACAGAGUUGUAUUUCCCAUCUUUCUAGAUGAUGUAUACGAAAGUGCCGUGGAUGGUCAUCGCAUUCACUAUGUUGUUGCAGCAUUGAAGGACACUGCCAAAGCAAUUAAAACCACAAAACAUGACUCGCAUCCCCAGGCCAUCCUGGACAGCUUUAGAGAAGAAAUAUAUGAACAAUUCAAAGAACACAUUUUGGACAAGCUCUGCAAAGACGUCGAAACAGAUUUGCGUCUCCAGACACACUGCCACCUUCAACUUGAUGAUAGAAAUCCAUUCCGUGUGGGUUUGAAGGACUAUGCCCAAAUAUUGCAUAUAAGACCCAUUAGACUGUUUGGCCAGGUCAUCAAUGUCAAGGCCUAUGUGGAGCACUACCUUGACAAAACAUUUUACAACCUGACAACAGUGGCACUUCACGACUGGAAGACUUACGGCGAGAUGCGUAGCAUGGCACGGCAGAAAUAUGGAUUAACUACUGUUGAAGACCAUCUUCCUAGCCAAACUUUAGAGCAAGGUUUGGAUGUGCUCGAAAUAAUGCGCAACAUCCACAUUUUUGUCUCUCGCUAUUACUACAACCUGAACAACCAGAUUUUUGUCGAACGCACUAGCAACAACAAGCAUCUGAACACUAUCAAUAUUAGGCAUAUCGCCAAUUCCAUUCGUACACAUGGCAUAGGCAUCAUGAACACAACAGUCAAUUUCACAUACCAGUUUUUGCGAAAGAAGUUCUACAUUUUUUCCCAAUUUUUAUAUGAUGAACACAUCAAGUCUCGACUCGUCAAAGACCUAAGGCACUUCCGAGAGCUCCGGAGCCAGAGUGACCCAAAGUAUCCAUUUGACCGCGCCGAGAAGUUCAACCGUGGCAUCCGCAAGCUGGGCCUCACACCCGAUGGUGAAAGUUUUCUGGACCAGUUUCGCACUCUUGUGAGCCAGGUAGGCAAUGCAAUGGGAUAUGUACGCAUGAUCCGGUCAGGUGGGCUUCACUGCUGCAGCAACGCUAUCCAGUUCGUUCCUGACCUGGAGUAUGUAGCUAACUUUGAAGGGCUGUCUCGAGAAGCACUGCUGGAUGAUGACUGCACAGAAGCUGCCCGCAGGCUGGACGCUGUAGUCGCAAGCCUAGCCAAAAAUUUUUCCGAGGGCAGCGAGUACUUUCGCCUGCUGGUUGAUGUCUUCUCUCCCACUUUCCGGGAUCCCAGCAACAUGCACCUGAGAAAUUUCUUUGUCAUUCUCCCACCACUAACCCUCAACUACGUUGAGCACGCAGUCUCCUGCAAAGAGAGGAUGAGUCGUAAAAACAAAGUUGGGGCAGCAUUCACUGAUGAUGGCUUUGCCAUGGGUGUGGCAUACAUCUUGAAGCUGCUGGACCAGUAUCAAGACUUUGACUCACUCCAUUGGUUUCAGUCGGUGUCUGAGAAAUUCCAAAAAGACACUGCUCAAGUCAGAGAGCAGAAGAAAGAGGCAGCUGGCAAAGAAGAUGAAAAGUUGCAGCAAGCCAUGUCACUAACAGGAAAGCGUCUUGAUACUUACCGGCAUGAAUUUGACCUUCUUAACUAUUCCUUGAGCAGUGCACGCAUCUUUUUCCGUGCAGACUUGACUGCAGAAGAAGAAAAGCAAGAAAAGACUGAUGAAAACUAUGACUUGUGAAUAGCGUGGCUAAUCUUCAUGGUCAAUGCCAUGUCCACUUGAAAGCUGUAUAUUGCAGUUGCUGUGAGAGAACAGCUGUUGAAUUGACCCUUUCAAGUGAACUGGUUCUUAUAAACUGUCUAGUCUUUUUGAGGGAGCACAACAUUUGUUCUGUAAAUAUGUUGUUAAGGAGUCUGUUUAGAUGUUUUUUUAAUCAAGUACACAAUGCCGCAACUGCUGAAUUAUUGUGAUUAAAGCAGGAGUUUUCAUACAC